UUAUUUGCUCUUUCACACUGAAAUUUUUAAUAUUUAGCUCUUUUUAUUUCAAUCACCCUCCCUUCGUCAAACCCAAUAAAUCUAAUAAAAAUCCAUCGCCAUCCUCUACUAGUUGACUUCAAACCCCGUUGAUGUUGAUCUCUCUUGCCAACAAUCUCAAAUUCCUUCAACUAAUCUCUUCACACAGACAAGCCAGAUUUAAAUUCGAAAAUAACCAGUUAGUCUCCCCCCACUCGCCAUUAAUUUAUUCGUCAUCAUCACCGAUAAAAAGUCCAUGGCUUUCAGAGCGAGACGUUGUUUCUGAUGAUGGGUUCCCUCCUCUGUGCAACCCUCUUCCUUGUCUUCAUCCAAUGCUCGUAUUCCCUCCAAUUAUGCGCAGAUUCCAGGGCUCCUGCGAGCUUGAAAGCUCCUCUGGAGUUUUGCGGUUACAGUGGGAGUAGCUGCUGCAGCGGAAAAGAUGACUCUGCAAUCAAGAAGCAGUUUGAGGGCAUGAACGUCUCUGAUUCUGCCUGUGCUUCUCUUGUUCGAUCCAUUCUCUGUGCUAAAUGUGAUCCUUUUUCAGCGGAGCUAUUCACCAUCGAAUCCGAGCUCCGAACGGUUCCUGUUCUAUGCAACUCCACUUUGCCCGAAACUUCAUCCCAUUCUAAAGACACUACAAGAGAUUUCUGCGCACAACUCUGGGACACAUGCAAAGAUACAUCUAUGCUGAACUCCCCCUUUGCACCCUCACUACAGUUAAAUGCUAGGCUACCAAUUCCAUCUUCAAAGUUAACCGACUUUUGGCAAUCCGAGACUGAUUUCUGCCGAGCAUUUGGCGGUCCAUCAAAUGAUGAAUCAGUCUGUUUCAAUGGAAAAUCGGUUCUGUUCAAUACUACGCCAGAUUCUCCUUCACCUAAAGGAAUUUGCCUAGAGAGAAUUGGAAAUGGAUCUUACCUUUCGAUGUCUCCUCAUCCUGAUGGAUCUAAUCGGGUUUUCUUGGCUAAUCAAGCGGGUAAAAUAUGGUUGGCAACUCUUCCAGAAGAAGGUUCCAGAGAGUUUCUAGAGGUUGAUGAGUCGAGCCCGUUUCUUGAUUUAUCUGAUGAAGUUCUUGUUGAUACUGAGUUUGGGAUAAUGGGUGUAGCAUUUCAUCCUAAUUUUACAAAUAAUGGACGGUUCUUUGUUUCGUAUAAUUGUGAUAAAGUUCAAUCUCCAAGCUGCUCCGGGAAAUGCGCGUGCAAUUCUGAUGCAGGCUGUGAUCCUUCGAAGCUUGGUCCUAGCAGUAACGGAGUUCAACCAUGCCAAUAUCAAAGUGUUAUCUCAGAGUUUACCGCUAAUAGUUCAUCAUCCACACCUUCUAAGGCAACAUCUGCGAGCCCGUAUGAAGUAAGGCGCAUUUUCACGAUGGGUCUUCCAUUCACGAACAACCAUGGAGGACAACUUCUUUUCGGACCUGCGGAUGGAUAUUUAUACUUCAUGAUGGGGGAUGGAGGGAAUAAAGGGGACCCUCUUAAUUUUGCACAGAAUAAAAAGGCUUUGCUAGGAAAAAUCUUGCGCCUCGACAUAAAUAACAUGCCAAUUCAAAGCAAGAUAGAUGACCUCGGUCUUUGGGGAAACUAUUCGAUUCCUAAGGACAACCCGUCCGCUGAUGACAGUGAAUUGCAACCUGAGAUAUGGGCCCUCGGACUGAGAAAUCCAUGGCGUUGCAGUUUUGAUUCAGAACAACCUUCUUAUUUUUUCUGUGGAGAUACCGGCCAGGAUGGAUAUGAAGAAGUGGAUUUGAUCUCCAAGGGAGGAAAUUACGGGUGGCGUGUUUAUGAAGGCCCCAAUUUAUUUCAACCCUCUUCAACUCUUGGAGGCAAUACAUCUGCUGCCUCCAUUGAUGCUAUAUUUCCUGUUAUGGGUUAUCCCCAUUCUGCUUUGAAUAACAGUGUUGGAUCCGCCUCAGUGACCGGCGGUUAUGUCUACAGGUCCACCACAGAUCCAUGCAUGUUUGGAAGGUACGUAUACGCAGAUCUCUACGCCGGAGCAAUGUGGGUCGGUACCGAGAACCCAGAAAGUAGCGGAAAUUACAGCAGUACCAUGAUUCCUUUCAAAUGUUCGGAUAGUUCUCCGAUUCCUUGUGAUACCGACCCUGAAACUUCUCUCCCGUCUCUUGGCUACAUAUUCUCAUUUGGUGAAGAUAAUAACAAAGAUGUCUAUGUUCUGACCAGCAAAGGGGUAUAUAGAGUAGUUCGUCCAAGCCGCUGCAAUUUCACUUGUUCGAAAGAAUACAGUACACCCGGUAGCGGGAAUGCGCCACCUGGCGCUUCUUCAGCUGCACGAUACUUCGGUAAUCUGCAAGCAAUGACGAAGCUUUCAUUCGCAGCAGCGGUCCUCUCGUUUCUCCUUUUGAGCUCUUAAUUAGUUUCUGAAGAAAACUUGUGUAACUUUUUUGCAUGCAAACGGUUUUUGUUUGUGUCGGUUUCAUGAUGUUUUUUCCUGCUUCGGAAAUUUUGUUGUCGUGUUGGUGUGAUGGACAUAUUGUUCUUUGGAGUUAGUUUUGAAUGCGUUAUAAAAAAAAAAGAGCACAAGCUUUGUAAAUUCUU